UCCACACGUUUUAUAUUUUUUCAAGACAAUUUGGAGUUUAAAAAUUUUAAAUCGAUUUUUCACAGUUGAGUUGGUAACAAUGGCCAAUCAGUUUAUCAUUCUAGCUAUAGUAAUAGUGAUUACUUUGCUAAAUUUUAUGCUCUGGAGUGGGAAUAGUUACGGAAGCACACAACUAACUGAGUUCUACACAUCACUAUUGGACAGAAAUUCAAACAAUAACAGUGUGGACCAACAAUUGGCUCAAAUCCGGAGCCAAUUGGAUGCUGAAAUGGAGAUUUUACGGAAUUUCGAAUCCAAAUUUGGUCAGGGAGCCGGAGACAGUUUUGAGCAACACUUUGAGAAAAUGAAAGCAUUCUCAAUAGCCCAGGCACCUCUUCGCAAGAGAACUCUAGCCCAGAUCUUCAAGCCAACAGAGUUUUACUUGCUCUAUGGAGCCAUGGGACCAGAGGUCUUUUGUCCUGAAAAAGUACGCAUCGGAACAGUUGGAGACGGCGGAAAAUGGGUUUGCAAUCCGUGGAAGUGCCCGAACAAUUCUGUAAUGUUCUCGCUAGGUCUCAACAAUUGGAUAACUUUCGAGGAGGAAUGGCAGAAGCUUACAGAUAAUCGAAAUAUUUUAUAUGGUUUUGAUGCGGCUGACCAAAACGACAGAACCCGUCAAACCUACUCAAAAAUCCGUGGAACCUCGAAAAAAGCUCUAAUCUCCGUGGCAACCGAUCCAGCAACUAGCAAAUACACAAUUGAUGAUCUUGCCAAGCACUUUAAUGUUUCCAAUAUUGAAAUUCUAAAAAUCGAUAUUGAAGGCGCCGAGUUGACGUGUUUAAUUCCAUUCCUUGAGAAAUACGAAGUAUGUCAAAUCUACUUGGAGCUCCACGGCGGAGCACAGGAACACGCGAAAUUGCUCAGGGAAAUUGGUCACUUAAAUUAUCGAUUGUUUUCAUAUGAGGUUAAUGGUUUUGAGUUGAAAGCCUGUGAAUAUAGCUUUAUACAUGAAAAGUGUGUGGAGAAGUACGGUGGAAUGAGAAUUGCUAAUUAUUUGGAUUAUAGGAAUUAAAAUUUGUACGUUUUUGACUUGUUGAAUUGAUUGUCGGGUGAUAUUUAUUUAUUGAUUGAUUACAAUAAAGUUAUUAAAAUUUGACA